UUUUCUUUGCUCUUAUUUACCACACAAAAACAUGUCCAUGGAGAAAGAAAAAAUUAAGGCGAAUGUGAGAGUGGGAGGGAGCAAGCACGAGGUGCAGGUGCAUCUGCAGGUGAAUGCCAUCUUGGCUAUGAUAUACUUUUACUUCAACUUUUUGGUUUGGCCUCUUAGGGUGUGUUUUGCUUGCGCUUGGAAAAAGGUUACCUUUAUUCGAUUGCGGAGCUCGAGCUACGGCGAGUCAGAAGUGUAUGCUCAACAUAAAGGAAAAAGAAUUGAAAAUUAUAAAAAGCCUGUUGAUGCAAUUCCACACAGAGGAAAGUGCCAAGUUGCGCCUUGCUGCACAGGCCAAAUACCAGAGAAUUGGCGCUAGUUGGCGCCAGAGUGGCGCAAACUAGCGCCACACACAUUCAUGACCAGGAUUUGGCACUGAUUGUGCGGGUGCCAUGAAUGCAGUCCUUGAUUUGUGGAGUCACGGAUUUGGCGCUGAUCGUGUGGGCGUCAUGAAUGCAAUCCUUGAAUUGUGGAAUUUGAUGAAAAUGGAAAUUUAAUCAAAUUAAUGAGAGGAUUAUGACCCGAUUGAUUGGUGGAAUUAUGAGAAAAAUGGAAAUUUAAUCAGAAUUAAUGCAAGGAUUAUGACCUGAUUGAGUAGCUGGCUAUAUAAAGGAAGCAGAAACUCUAAAAGAAAAUCAUCUUUUGGCAAGGAGAAAUUGGAGAGGAAGCUCUCGGUGACUGAAGAUUCAAGACUUCUUCUUCUUCCGGUUUUACAUUUUCAUGAACUCUUUCUCAUUAUUUAAAUUGUCAGACAUGAAUAUGUCUGGCUAAUUUCUUUUAUUGUAGUUAGGGUCACAAACCUUAUGUGAACCCUUGUUA